UGAGACGUUCAGCCAUAAUGUUGAUCCAAGGCUCCUACGUAGAGGAGUCUGACUUCCAGGAUGAUGUCUUGGUCUAUAACCUCAUAGCACAGAAAGACGCUGCUCGUGGUCCCAUGGUUAAAUACACACCUGACCACAGGACUGCUCCACAGACCCAAAAAGCGGUUGUUAAUAGCACAACUUCGACUGUGCACGGUCACACACAUGGAAUGCAGAGACGAGAGGAGGAGGAGGAGGGGGGGAUCAAGGAAGACUGGGUGAGAGAAGAGACGCAACCACAACCGCAACCGCAACCGCAACCGCAACCGCAACCACAACCACAACCACAACCGCAACCGCAACCACAACCACAACCACAACCUCAACCACAACCACAACCGCAACCGCAACCGCAACCACAACCACAACCGCGACUGCUCAGUAACGGUCUGAGCUGUGAGGACCACACAGUCAAUGAGGAGGUCGGUGAUGACCGUAAACGCAAUCCAUCUGGACCGCAUUUGGACCACGACUGCAACACGAAUGCGGACCUGACGGUGACCAUGACCUUGAACCAGGCGAAUGACCUGACCACAGCAGACCACCAGGUGAGAACCAACUCAGAGAACCGCAAGCACCCUGUCCAGAACGGUCUCCCUACAGUGGAGAAACAGCAGGACUUUAACUUGGCCGAUGCCGAUCAUCAUCUAACCCCGGUUACGACCACGGCGGCGGGUGACAACUUCCUGUCCCAGUAUCGGGAGCUCAUGCGCUCACUGGGGGCGGAGCCUGAUGACGUCACCGAUGACAUCACAGAGUUUAGGAAGCGUUUGUUGGCUCUGGCCCAGGGAGAGGAAGAGGAGGUGGACUUUAACGUGUUCUCUACAGACUCGCCAGAACCUGAGGAUGCCGAUCUGGAACCGGAGAACAGUCUAGAACCGACGAGGAACAGCCAAGACAGAAAACAUGGGAUACCCUUCACUGGCCCGUUCAUUAGUGUUCUGCUGUCUCGGUUGGAGAACCUGUUGGAGAACCCUAUUCCAGUCAAUCUUCUGGUUACAGGCAUCCUGUCUCAGCUAGCAACGUACCCCCAGCCUCUCCUCCGGGCGUUCCUACUGAACACAAACACUGUCACGCAGCCCAACGUACGCACACUCUACCAGGUGCUGGUGUCAGUGCGUGGACAGAUAGAGAACUAUGCAGCAGACCAGACAGAGUUUCCUGCUACGGUCAGAGAAGCAUGGAGAUACCUACUGGCUAGAGACCAAGCACUGAAACUCAGAGAGCUCCUCCAGGACAGCCAUGGUGAUAACAGGAAGCGUGUUCUACCCAAUGGAACACAGCAGAUAACUCAGAACGUUCCCCCCUGUCCUAAGAUUCCUCCGCAGGCCAGGAAUAGAGUCUUCGCUAUGGUUAUAUAUGCAGAGUUCUUAAAGGAGUUGGCCGCCAUCGCACAGGAACAUUCUAUAGUCCCCGACUCCCCUAUAGAGUAGAUUAACACCUGACUCCCCUAUAGAGUAGAUUAACACCUGACUCCCCUAUAGAGUAGAUUAGCACCUGACUCCCCGUAUAGAGUAGAUUAACACCUGACUCCCCUAUAGAGUAGAUUAGCACCUGACUCCCCUAUAGAGUAGAUUAACACCUGACUCCCCUAUAGAGUAGAUUAACACCUGACUCCCCUAUAGAGUAGAUUAACACCUGACUCCCCUAUAGAGUAGAUUAACACCUGACUCCCCUAUAGAGUAGAUUAACACCUGACUCCCCUAUAGAGUAGAUUAGCA